AUGAACGCAACACAUAAUGAUAAUCAAGGUUCUGAUUCCGAUAGUGAAUAUGAUUUUGUUGGUACUGAAUCAGUCGAUACAUCUAAUAAUGAACAUAUAUCAGAAGAAUCUGAUUUAUCAAAUUUUGAUAUUGAACAAGGUGAUGUUGUUACAACUAGCCAACCAGAAACAUUACAAAAGGAUGGUAUCAUACGCCAAAGUCGUCCAUUAUAUUGUGCCGCGGUGUCUCUUCAACGUUUCAAGCAUCUUUUUCAAUUUAUUCGUUUUGAUGAUCGAGAAACUCGUGAUAAAUCUGAUCGUCUUGGUCUCAUUAGAUAUAUAUUUGAGCUUUUUGUCAAACAACUUCCUAAACAUUUUGUACCCUGUGAAAAUUUAACUGUUGAUGAGCAAUUAGUGCCCUUACGAGGUCGCUGUUGUCUUGUACAAUAUAUACCAAACAAGCCGGCUAAAUACGGACUCAAAUUUUGGGUUUUGUCUGAUGUAGAUGGUCGAUAUGUAUUAUCAAUUGAUCUAUUUAUCGGAAAAAAGGGCAACCAAAUUCAGAAGAAUGUUGCAGCUAAUGUUGUUCUUAACUUAGUUGAUCAUUUGCCGAACAACGUCAAACAAGGUCGAUGCAUUAUAUUUGAUCGUUAUUUUACAGACAUCAAAUUAUCUGAAGCUUUUUUAGAUCGAAAAAUGACGUCUAUUGAAGUUGUCGAACAGAGACGCUCGUUUUUACCUGAUGAAUUAAAAGUAUGUCGUCAAAAUUUAUUUUCAUCGUGA